AAUAUUGAGACAAAUGGUAGCGCCGAUUCCUUGUCUUGCAAACAUGGAGCACGUGGGGUCAGUUGCCCCUAACCUAUAAAAUUCAAAUAAAAUCAUAACAGAUCAUGUCAGUAUCAAUAUCUUGUUAUUGAUUCCAAUUCAGUGUAAUCGAUGAUUUGAGUGGCUUACAGAUCGAUUUUACUAUUAUUUUUUAGUAAAGAAAUAUAUCAGUGACAAGUGUCCACAGGUUAUAACAACGACAGCAAAAAAAUGGACUCUCAAGAGGAAGAGAUAAAGAACAAAGGUCUUGCGAUUGAAAUUGUCAACACCGAAAUGAUUGAUGCUGAGAAAAAAGUGGAAGAUGAUCAGGAUAAAGAAUUCGUAUCAGAAAAAUUGGUGAUUGCAGAUGAAAUUCCAAAAAAUAACUCAACACCCCUUGAUGCAAGAUUGGCAAUGAUCGAUGGAAAAAAUUUUGAAGGGAUUGUAAAUCCUGCGGUAGCUCCGGAGAAUAAUCUCGAAUAUAUUGAAGAUGAAGGUGCCGAAUCGGUGGAGGUCUCAUUGGUAAAAAGGACAUGUGAGAAAAGUGAAGAGAAAAAUGAUGGAGUAGCCAGAAUGGAAAUUGGUAAUCAGAAGGUUGAGCUUGCGAAUUCUUUGGGAUUAAUAGCUGCAGCUUAUGUUGAUUCGGAUACAGAUGAGGAAACACUUGAUGAAGAGUGCCAAGUGGAAGAAAUGAUAAUAAUAGCUAAUGAUAAAAAUAAUCAGUAUCGUAUUAAAGAUUCGGAUGAUGAAACUGAUAGUUCAGAAGACUCCAGUAGUAGUAGUAGUGAUAGUAGUAGUGAUAGUAGCAGUGAUAGUAGCUCCAGUAGUUCCUCUGAGGAAUCGGAAAAUGAAGAUGAACAGAAUGUGAAGGACAAUGAUAAGAAAUGCACAAGGAAUAGGAAAUCGAAUAGGAAUCAGGAAAAAGGUGAAUACGAUGAUCUACCUCCAAUUGAAGAUCUACAGAUUUCAGUACCAGAGGUUCUAUGUGAGCCACUAGGUGUUGUUGGAUGGAUGGUUGAUCAAUUGGUAGUUGUAACUCCAAAGCCUCAGAAACCAACUCUGAACAUAGACACAGUCCUAUUUGUUGAGAAAGGUCAGCGUGUUCUCGGUCGUAUUUUCGAUAUAUUUGGACAAGUAACUGAGCCUCAUUACUGCGUAAGAUUUAACAAUGCUGAACAUAUCAAAACGCAGGACAUCCAAGUCGGCAUGAAGGUUUACUUUUGUCCAAACACUCCAUACACGUCACUGGUCUUCAUGUCUGACCUCAUCAAAAUGAAAGCAAGUGAUGAAGUCGGUGAGGAUGAACAUCCCGAAUUCUCUGAUGAUGAGCAAGAGAGAGCAUACUACUCGACGCUCAAGCAAAAGCAACGGAAUGCUUCUGGUGAAAAUACCUCGAUUAAGCCUAACAAUUCAGAAUUCCAGCACAAGCGUCCAAAGAUGGCUCCAAAGACUGGUUGGAAAUCCCAACAUCCAUGGAAUAGCAGCAGGAGUUAUUACCAAAAUAACUCAAGACUGAGAGCUCCCAAUGGAGAUUUCACUCACCAGCAAGACUCGUGGAAGCCCUCGAACUCCUGUGACUCCUCCCAACUGAACUGGAGACCGCAAUCUAUUUAUCAGAACUGGCCAAAUGCAUUUGGGCCCCAAUCAGGGUCUUACUAUCCUCCUUAUGCCUUCCAGAAUACCUCAAUGCCCGGUUAUCAGCCAACACUAACGUAUCCUUGCCCACCAAUACAACAGCCAAUUAAUUUCUGGAACUUACCACCACCUCCACCUCCACCUCCUCCACCCAGUGAGUAACAAUGUUCUUUUUAAUUCCUCAUCACCAGAGAAUGUAUUAUAAAAUCUCUCAAUGCAGUGGAAUUAAAUAUCAUUAUUCCAUUAGAAUACAAAAAUGAAGCUAUAUUAUUUUUACUGUUACAACAAUUACUCAUAGAAUUGUAGAUUAAGAAUUACGUUUCUUAGGUCUGUAAUAAAAAUAACUUUUUAUUGUUUUUUAUUAUAAUAUAAAUUUCUAUUUACACAUGUCAUUCUAAAGAUCAAAUGCUCAAGGUUCGGUUUAUCCACUGAUUCGCUUGAGUUCAAAGAAAAAAAUGUUUAAAAA